GACAUCCUCACCACCAUCGUCUCAGACUCUCAGCAUUCAAAGACCCCUUUGUUUUUUCUUCUUCCAAAUUUUGUUACAAUCCAACCAUGGCUUCCACUAGCAAUCCCAAGAGACCCUCUUCUUCUUCUUCUUCUUCUUCUUCUUCUAAUUCUAAAUGGAGGUACGAUGUGUUCUUGAGUUUCAGAGGCGAGGAUACCCGCAAUAACUUUACUAGUCAUCUCUACAAGGCUUUGGAUCAUGCCAACAUUGAAACCUUUAUAGAUGAUGAAGGACUUCCAAGGGGAGAAGAGAUUGCGCCCGAGCUCCUAAAAGCUAUUGAAGGAUCAAGGAUCGCCCUUAUUGUCUUCUCGAAAACCUAUGCUCAUUCCAAGUGGUGCUUGGAUGAACUCGUCAAGAUCAUGGAGUGCGAGAAAGAAAAGGGACAAAAGGUUUUUCCUAUUUUCUAUCAUGUAGAGCCGUCUGAAGUCAGGAACCAGAUUGGGAUUUAUGGAGAAGCAUUUAACAAUCACGAGAAAAAUGCGGACGAGGAGAAGAAGAAGAAGAAGAUAGAGGAGUGGAGGACUGCCUUACGGAAAGCCGGUAAUUUGAGUGGAUUUCAUCUGAAGGAUGAUAGAUCUGAGGCAGAGUUUAUUGAAGAUAUCAUUGGUGAGAUUAGAAGAUUAAUUCCUAAGUUGGUACAUGUUGGUGAGAACAUGGUUGGAAUGGAUGAAAAUUUGAAAGUAGUGAAGUCAUUGAUAGAUCCCCAAUCAAAUAAAGUGAGCAUGGUUGGGAUUUAUGGGAUUGGUGGGAUUGGUAAAACUACCAUCGCCAAGGUUGUUUACAAUGAUAUGUUAGUUCAAUUUAAACGUCACAGCUUUCUUGCAAAUGUGAGAGAGAAAUCUAAAGAUGAUGAUGGUUUGCUUCAAUUACAAAAAAACCUUCUUUGUGAUAUCCUAAUGGAGAAAGAUACGAAGUUAAGUGAUAUUGGUAAAGGAAUCGAAAAGAUAAAGAGUGAGUGUUGCUUUGAAAAGGUUCUUAUUGUUCUUGAUGAUGUAGAUUGUCCAAGACAAUUAGAAUUCUUAGCUCCUAAUUCUGAAUGUCUUCAUCGAGGAAGCAUAAUCAUUGUGACCACGAGAAAUAAACGUUGCCUUGAUGUAUAUGAGUCAUAUUCAUCAUAUGAGGCUAAGGGAUUGGCACACGAGCAAGCUAAGGAACUCUUUUGUUGGAAAGCCUUCAAGCAAGACCAUCCCAUAGAAAAUUUUGUGGACCUGUCUAAUCAUAUACUAGAUUAUGCUAAAGGCCUUCCAUUGGCUCUUGUAGUUUUGGGUUCUUUUCUUUCAAAAAGGAAUGAGGGUUUCUGGAAAAGCACACUGAAUCAACUAAAAACAAACCCUCUCGAGGAUAUUCAAAAGGUACUCCAGAUAAGUUAUGAUGGACUAGAUGAUAAAUGCAAGAAGUUGUUUCUUGAUAUUGCAUGCUUCUUCAAAGAUGAGGAUGAAAAAAUUGUUACAAGAAUACUAGAAGGUUGCAAAUUCCAUCCAACGACUGGACUAACGGUUCUUCAUGAGAGGUGUCUUAUUUCUAUAACAUACGGCACUAUAAGGAUGCAUGACUUGUUACAAGAAAUGGGUUGGGAAAUUGUUCGCAAAAUUGAUCCAGAACGUCCAGGAAAAUGGAGCAGAUUAUGGGAAUUACAGGAUGUUGAAAGUGUAUUUGCACAAAAUAAGGGGACAAAACACAUUGAGGGGAUAUUCAUAAAGUCUGAUUGGUCUACUAAUAAACGUAUACAACUCAAUGCUGAAGCUUUUCAGAAGAUGAAUCGACUUAGAUUGCUCAAAUUUAAAGGCAAUAUGGUGCAGCUUUCCCAAGACUUUGAAUUGCCUUCUCAUGAUUUAGUAUAUUUUCAUUGGGAGUUCUACCCUUUAGGAUCUUUGCCAUCAAAUUUUCAUGUAGACAAUCUUGUUCAACUCAACCUCUGGUACAGCAAAAUAAAACAUCUUUGGGAAGGAAAUAUGCCUACUAAAAAGUUAAAAGUCAUUGAUCUUAGUCAUUCCGACCAUCUAGUUGAUAUUUCAAGCAUCUCAAGUAUGCCAAAUUUAGAGACUCUAGAGCUAACAGGGUGCGAAAGGCUUGAGAGUCUUCCAAGGAACCUUCAUAAGCUGGAAUGCCUUCAAACACUCUCUUGUAAUGGCUGUUCAAACUUAAAAAGUUUUCCGGAGAUCAAGGAAGAAAUGAGAAGUCUAAGAAAGCUUAAUUUAAGUCAUACAGGUAUAACGGAAUUACCAUCAUCAAUCGGGAAUCUAAAUGGGCUUGAAGACUUGGACUUAGGUUAUUGCAGAAAUCUUUUGAGUCUUCCAGACAGUAUUUAUAGUUUGAGCUCUCUUCGAACUCUCGAUCUAGUUGAGUGUUCAGAACUCGUGGGCUUUCCAGAUAUCAAUAUUGGAAGUCUAAAAGCUCUUGAAUAUUUGGAUUUGUCAUGGUGUGAGAACCUUGAGAGUCUUCCGAACAGUAUUGGUGGUUUGAGCUCUCUUCAAACUCUUUUAUUGAAACGGUGUUCAAAACUGAAGGGCUUUCCAGAUAUCAAUAUUGGAAGUCUAAAAGCUCUUGAAUCGUUAGAUUUCUCAUGUUGCAGAAACCUUGAGAGUCUUCCCGUGAGCAUUUACAAUUUGAGCUCUCUCAAAAGUUUGAAGGUUACAAAUUGUCCAAAACUCAAGGAAAUGUUAGAGAUGAAACUAGGGAUUGAUCCAAGCCCCUGGCUAUUUUCACCUGUAACCUGUCACAUUUCAAAUUCAAAAAUAAUCUGGGAUGACGGCUUUUCCUCAUUAGAAGCAUUAAACCCACAGUGCCUCCUGUCAUCACUGGUAGAAUUAUCUGUAAGAAAGUUUUAUGGCAUGGAAAAAGACAUCCUCAGUGGCAGUUUCCACCUAUCCUCAUUGCAAAUAUUAUCUCUAGGGAACUUCCCUAGCAUGGCAGAAGGAAUCCUCGAUAAGAUUUUCCAUCUAUCUUCAUUGGUAAAAUUAUCUCUUACUAAAUGCAAGCUAAAGGAAGAAGGAAUCCCCAGUGAUAUUCGGAACCUAUCUCCACUGCAACAAUUAUCUCUACGUGACUGCAAUCUAAUGGAAGGAAAGAUCCUCAAUCAUAUUUGCCAUCUAACAUCCUUGGAAGAAUUAUAUCUGGGUUGGAACCAUUUUAGUAGCAUUCCUGCUGGCAUCAGUCGACUUUCCAAUCUAAAAGCCCUUGACUUGAGUCACUGCAAGAACCUUCAACAAAUUCCGGAGCUUCCAUCAAGUCUACGAUUUUUAGAUGCGCACUGUUCGGAUGGUAUUUCAUCAAGCCCCUCGCUUCUACCUAUUCAUUCUAUGGUCAAUUGCUUCAAAUCAGAAAUUGAGGACGGCUAUGUUUUUAAUCGUUAUUCUUCCUUCUUGGGCAAUGGAAUUGGUAUUGUUAUUCCUAGAAGUAGUGGAAUUCUAGAGUGGAUAACGAAUCGGAAUAUGGGAAGGAAUGAAGUAACAAUAGAGCUCCCUCCGAAUUGGUAUGAAAAUGGUGACUUGUGGGGAUUUGCUUUAUGCUGUGUUUAUGUUGCACCUGCCUAUGAAUCUCAGUAUGAAUCAGGUCAUAUAUCUGAGGAAGACAGUGAACUUGAAGAUGAAGAACCAGAGUUCGAAUGUGAUUUGAUAAUCGAAGGAAAUAAUCAAUCAGAAUACUUGGGUUUUUUCUGUCUCGCUUCUCGCUGUUUUAAAUAUGAUGUAUCUAUGCAGUGGGUGAUAUGUUAUCCCAAGUUAGCUAUUGAGGAAAGUUAUCACACCAAUCAAUGGACACACAUCGAGGCUUCAUUUUAUGGUGCCCAAGUGGAAGAGUGUGGAAUCCGUCUUGUAUACAGAGAAGAUUAUGAACAGAAGCAUCCAACAAUGGCACAACGCAGUACUUCUCAUGGGAAGUUUGGUGACCAUGGAUUAGUAAGAGAAGCUUACUACUCUUAGAUACUAAUAGUAAAGCUCACAAUAAAAGGAAUCCCACAGAACAGAGCCUAGGAGAGGAGUCACACCAUAAAAGAUUCAGAGAAACCCAAGACUGAUCCCAAGUAUUAGGCUCAACCACACUUGCAUCACUAAUGUUCUCUUUACUGGCCAUCUUACCAUACUCCUAAGCCCUAGAGAAGUUUGCCCCACCCUCAUAUGCAAUAGGUUGGCAUGGAGAACAAUGGAAAGGGAGUCUUUCGUGUGCUAGCUACUUCAAUUUGAGGCCGGUCCAAUUGAUUUUGAUGAUCCAGGAACAAAUGGUCAGCACAGCUUUCACCAACUAAUAAUUCACCAGAUGAAGUGGUGAGGAACCACGACACUCCAGUUUCUUGCAGAACCCUGAACAAUUGCAGAAUGAGAAUGUUCCCCAGCAUCUUAUUCCUCACAAGACCUUCUCUGGCAACCGGCCAUCUCUGAGCCUUCUGCUUCUGUCACUGGAUGCUUAAUAUUUAACAAGUUCAAGAUUUUGUACUCCUUUUUUGUCCUUUAUCGAACCAUCUUGUUCAAGCAGAUAAAUUGUUAGAAGUGUUCAUGGAGUUUGGAUUAUUCCAUGAUAAUCAGAAACUACUAGAAUCUGUCAAGGCUGUGCGAAGAGCAAUCUUUGAAUCAAACAGUGGAGGAAAUUGGCCUUUUGACUUGGAUCGUACUAGAAACAGGCCACUUACAUAUUAAACAAACUUUAGAGUUUGUUCUGAAUCAACUUCAUGAAACCAUUUCUCAGCUUCCUAGGAGCCAUGGAACAGCCAUGUUGAGAAGUGAAGAGGAAGCAGCCAUGUUGAAAGGAGCAAAGUCUGCUGGAGGAGAAAGCCAACGUUAAGGAGGCACUGGAAAGGAAACAAUGAACUGCAGACAAGGCCAAUUCCUUUUUUAAUCUUGACGACCUGCGAAUCCAGAGGCUAUUAAAUCUGCAAAAGAGGCCAACUGCCUUUCCUUGCAAAUGUUGAUCCUGUUGAUGUUGCUAGAAUUAUCACAGGGCUGAACCCUGAAACUACUUUAGAUGUGGUGCUUUCAAUGACUUUCACUGCAGUUGAAACUAUGCUGAAUGCUUAGGGAAUGGACCUCAGCUGCUCUAGGGCCUUCGACAGUAGCAAAGCAUAUGGUUGCUUGCAGUACUAAUUAUACGAUUUAGGUUGGCGUGGAGAGUAAAGGAAGGGAGUCUACGGUGUGCUAGCUACUUCCAUUUGAGGCUGGUGCAAUUGAUUUUGAUGAUCCAGGAACAAAUGGGCAGCAUAGCUUUUACCAACUAAUAAUUCACCAGAUGAAGUGGUAAGUAACCACGACACUCCAGUUUCUUGCAGACCCCUGAACAAUUGCAGAAUGAGAAUGUUCCCCAGCAUCUUAUUCCUCACAAGACCUUCUCUGGCAACCGGCCAUCUCUGAGACUUCUGCUUCCGUCACUGGAUGCUUAAUAUUUAACAAGUUCAAGAUUUUGUACCCCUUUUUUGUCCUUUAUCAAACCAUCUUGUUCAAGCGGAUAAAUUGUUAGAAGUGUUCAUGGAGUUUGGAUUAUUCCAUGAUGAUCAGAAACUACUAGAAUCUGUCAAGGCUGUGCGAAGAGCAAUCUUUGAAUCAAACAGUGGAGGAAAUUGGCCUUUUGACUUGGAUCGUACUAGAAACAGGCCACUUACAUAUUAAACAAACUUUAGAGUUUGUUCUGAAUCAACUUCAUGAAACCAUUUCUCAGCUUCCUAGGAGCCAUGGAACAGCAAUAUUGACGAGUCCCAGAAAGAAAACGUCUGAUGCAACACAAGGAGCAGACUGAGGAUUUUGGAUGGACGCUCUCUCGUCCCUGGCAAGUUGCCGCCUUUGCUACCAAUUCCAAUUCUCCAAAUGAAAGAACUGACAGAUCACUUUUUGCCUCAACCAAGGACACACCUCUGUGCCAGCAGUCUUGACUGUGGAACAAGUAAAACAAAUGGUACCUGCUGAAGCUGAGGGGGCAGAUGAUGAAUUGGUGCGGAAGGUGGUCAACCAAAAGAAUCAGACCGCAAAAACUAAAAACCCCAUGAAGCCUGCUACUGGAGCGGUCUCAGCACCUGUUUCUGGGAGGGGUGAGAUUGAAGGGACUGAAGAAAAGGAGCAUAAACAAACAAAGAAGGAAGAGGAGUUGGCGAGAAAGGUAGGGGAAUUGAGAAGUGAAGAGGAAGCAGCCAUGUUGAAAGGAGCAAAGUCUGCUGGAGGAGAAAGCCAACGUUAAGGAGCACUGGAAAGGAAACAAUGAACUGCAGACAAGGCCAAUUCCUUUGUGAGUGUUGCUACCUUUUCAUGAUACAGCCAUAAUAAUGGAUGUUUAAACAGUCUUUAACUCUACAUACUUUCUUGCAUUAUACUAGUCAUUGAAGAUUCAAGAUCAUUAUUUCAGACAUAUGGUCGUUCACUAAAA